AUGUUUUUGGGGCAUAUCUUGGAGAGUAAGAGUAGCGUCAGUUUGUGGAAAGCGGUGGUUGUUGCAGUGUUUUUGGCAGAGAGAUUUACUGCCAGGUUAGUUUCUUCGAUUUUGAGCCGGGUCCUGAAAGCAUCCGUGGGAUUUAGAAUUAGUGGAUGGAGAUGUUUGAGGGAUGUUAGGAUCAAGUUUGAAAGGGGCGCUGUUGAAUCCGUUUCGAUUGGUGAAAUCAAACUUAGCUUACGGAAAUCCUUGGUUAAACUGGGGGGUGCUUUUAUUUCUAGGGACCCAAAACUGCUGUUCGUGAUAAGCGAAAUAGAAGUUGUUACAAGGACUGCAGAAAAAACCUCAAAGACAACGAAAUCACGCAGACCAAAGACUUCUUCUGGAAGCAGCAAACCAGGCAAAAAGUUGAAGGUUAUUGCUAACGUGGCAAGAUUCUUUUCUCUUUCUGUGAGAGACUUGGUUGUGAAGACACCAAAAGCAUCUCUAGAGAUUAAAGAUGUGGGGCUUGAUUUGUCUAAAGAUCCAGGUUCCAAGCCCUCCGUGUAUCUAAAGUUGCAAAUGUUGCCUAUUGUUAUCCAUCUGGGUGAUAAUAUAUCUUGCUCCAAGGGCAGUGAAAGCUUAUGUGCAGGGGAUGGAUCCACGAUGCACAAAUCCUCUGCUCAUUUUAUUUGUGAAGAAUUUGGUCUCUUGUUUGAGUUUGGCCCUCACAGCAUCCUACUUUCAUCUUUCUACUAUAGCAUUGUACUUGGUAAAAUCUGCCCCAUCAUCGAAAUACAAAAUAAUCAUCACUAG